UGUUUCUGCGUGCGGUGCAGUUGAGUCCUAAUGAAGGUCAUAGUAAAUACAUGUCUCUAGGGCAGAUACACACUGGCCAGGAGGCUGUGCAAUACUACACCAAAGGAAUACAGAUACUACUGUGUAUGCUGGAGAAACACGCACAAGCCAUAGCAGGAGCAGGAGCUGAGGCAGAAGCCUCCCCACUCCAGGACUCGGGGUCAGAGAUCCUGACAGCCAGAGACGUGUGUGUGUGUGGCCUACUGUUCUGUGGCAGAGAUCUACUUCACUGACCUCUGUAUGGAGGACAGGGCAGGAGAUCAGUGUCGAGAGGCCAUAGAGAGAGCGUUGACCUAUCACCCUGACAACCCAGAGGCAGUACAGCUGAUGGCCAGCUACCUGUUCAAUACAGAGAAGAACCAGGAGGGGAGGGAGUACCUGAGGAGGAGUGUGGAUGCGUGGCUACCUGCCCUGAAACAGAGUGACGCUCCAGCCAGCAGAGAGGACAUAGAGGAGGAACACACACAGAGUGACAUCCCACCGUAUGAAUCCCGCAUCACCACGGCCAAACUCCUCAUAGAGGCAGAAGAGUACGAGGUGUGGUAUUUCUCAGGCUGGGUGUGUUACCUGCAGAUGGAGAGAGCGGAGGAGGAGAGAACAAGGGAGGAGAGAGAAGAGAGCGAUGAGGAGAGAACAAGGGAGGAGAGAGAAGAGAGCGAUGAGGAGCGUGAAGCGUUGAAGGAGGCAGCCAGAUCUUACCUGACCAAAGCCAAGAAGGUCAACACCCUCACCCCCUGUCACAACGGCUUAAGAAAGACGUGUCAUUGGGUGUGUGUACGUGUGGCAGUGGCCAGAUGUGCCUCAGAGACGCCAGGCUUUGAGGGAAAGCUUCUUGGAUUAGACCAGAGAACCUGCUGACCCGUGAUGAACACACACAGACCAGCUGACCAGUGAAAGAGAGACACCAACACACUCUCACACAUACACACCACACCACACAGAGCAGCCAACCUGUGAAAGAGAGAGACACAAACACACUCUCACACAUACACACCACACAGAGCAGCCAACCUGUGGAAGAGAGAGACACAAACACACUCUCACAUACACAGAGCAGCCAACCUGUGAAAGGAGGGAGGGAAACUUGCAUUACUCUAAAUGAGAAAUGUGUUUAAUUGAUUGUGUGGCUUUGCUGAGCUCAGCACUCUUCUCUAAUAUAUAACACUGUUCAUUUAACUAACGGCUAUCGCAGUGAAAAAUCAUACUAUCCUGGCAGAUACGUUCCUUUUUAUAAAUGACCAUUCCAUAAACGUCACAGCUUAUGUUGAAUAAGUACAUUUUAUCGAAAUGCCAUGCUACUCAAUUGAUCAGCUUGAAAAUGAAGGACAUCAACUGUCUCCAAAUGAGCUCCUAGGGGGCCAAGCAUCUUCAGUCAUGGCCUACUGCUUGGAGACUGUUCCUGGGGUGACACAAAUGCAUGCACGUACGCACACACAAACUAUUUUGGCAGGGUUACACUGUAAGUGUGAAGGUGAUGUGUUCCUGCUGCUGUUUGUACUUUGUGUGCACGUACGUGCGUGCAUGGAUGAGACAGAAUAAUGCAGUUCAGCCCAGAUUCUCAGACCUGCUUAUCUCCCUCACUAGAGGAGAAGUUGUUUCGAACAAAAGGAAUGAAUCAGUGUGUGCGUAUGUGUGCUGUAAUGUGUGUGUGUGGUGGUGGGUUCCAUUCUGUUAUCAGUCCAGUGCUUCCACUCAGGCAGAGAGUUUUAUACACCGGGAAAUCUACUGGUCCCCCCUACAAUAGGCUUUUGUAAUGGUCCUGCUUCACAGCACAUUUCACUGAGAUAACAACAGCAAUACUGUGUAUGCGAGAUAGGAUUUCUCUCUGCUCUAUCUGCUUUCCUUGUUCUGCUGAGCCCAAUACACCAGGAAAGAGGCAUUUUUCACAAUAAAUCGUGGUGGAAAUGUGCAUGUAUGUAACAAACUGUGUCUCUCUCUCUCUCUCUCUCUCUCUCGCUCGCUAGCUAUACGUGAAGUUGCGCUGUGACGACGGACCCAUACUGGAGCACAUGGAGCAGCUGCUGGGGGGUGAGACAGAGGGGGAGGAGGGGGACACAGACCCUGCCCUGGAUGAAGACUUUGAGCUCUACAGUGAGGAUGAGGGUGCCAUGGAACAUUGACCACACCCCUCUCUACCAGUGAUGUAGUGGUAAAACAGUAGGUUGGUAACGCUGAGAGACGUUCGCGGUGAAUAAAGUAAUGCUCCCCACGUUUCCAAUGUCUUUUUCUGUGAUAGGUGCGUAAAUAAAAAAAAACAGGGUAAAUGGUGUUUAGACUGCAUUCAACUCUCUACUUUUAUAGUGCACUAUUAACACGGACAUUAAAUAAAGGUAAAGUUUAUAGAAAUGUAGUUUACUAAGACCUCUUACCUAUCUCUGUACACCUCACAAACUAGACCAGAUGCAACACUUUGUUUGAAAGCAGCAGUUGCGAGUGCGACAGUCGAUGGGUCGUUGAGUUUUCUCUGACGCUCUCUCUCGCUAGAUAUUAUCUGUAUUGUGUUCUCAGAAGUGCCUUUCUGCUGUUCUACCCUGAGUUUCCCAGAAUCAUAUGACACCUCUCUCUGUCAUAUUAGUGCUGAAUUGUUUUCUGUAUUUGAAAGGUGUGAUUGACAUGUCGACUCAAGCUUUGUUUCCAUUGUCCUGGACUGAACCAGAUAAAAAAACAACUUCAAUGUUGUCUUUUUUUUUCUCAAUCUGCAUAUUUUUUUGAUUCAUGUUGUAAUAAUGAGGUGAAUGUUUACUUCCCUUGAUGACCCAGGCUCACUUUAGAAAAGAUUCCAUUCUGAAUGUGACCGGCUAAAAUAAAGAACUAAUACAGAAUA